AUGCUUUCACGCUAUAUCCUCCCCGCCGCUGCCUUGUUUGGCCUCGCGGUCGCUCAAACAACAUCCGACUGCAACCCUCUCAACCAAACCGACUGUGACCCCAACCCAGCCUGGGGAACGACCUACACCUGGGCCUUCAACGACACGCCCUCGAGCGACUUCUGGGACGGCCAUGUCGGCCGCGUGACCUACGACAAGGAGCUCGGCGCGACAUUCACAGUCGCCAAGCAGGGCGACUCGCCCACGCUGCGCACAAACUUUUACUUCUUCUUCGGCCGCACAGAGCUGCACAUGAAGGCCGCGCCCGGAACGGGCAUCAUCAGCUCCAUGAUGUGGCUGAGCGACGACCUCGACGAGGUCGACUGGGAGAUUCUGGGUGCGAACGACACCCACGCUUCAACGAACUACUACGGCAAGGGUGUGGAGGACUUCACAAAGGCCGGAUGGCACUUUGUGGAAGGCGGUAUGCAGGAGGACUACGUCAACUACACGACGACGUGGACAAAGGAGGAGCUCACCUGGUACAUCAACGGACAGGAAGCGCGAAAGGUUGUGGCCAAGGACGAUAUGGAUAGUUAUCCUCAGACACCCAUGAGACUCUCUAUCGGUAUCUGGGCCGCUGGUGAUCCUAGAAUGCCCGAGGGAACACGCGCAUGGGCUGGUGGUGACACUGAUUAUGAGAAGGGUCCUUACACCAUGCACGUCAAGGAUGUUACCGUCGAGGACUACAGCACCGGAAAGGAGUACGUCUACGGCGACAAGACAGGUAGCUGGGAAAGUAUCGAGAUCGUCAAGGGCAACUCAACCGCCUUCGAGGCCCUGCACAAGGAACCCGAAAAGUCCUCAGGCGAGAAAUGGGAAGCUCUCCCCACAGGCACAAAGACCGGCAUCUACGCCGGCGGCAUCGGCGCCGCAGCCAUCAGCCUCGGAGCUCUAGGAUUCUACUUCUGGCGCCAGCGCGCCGCAGGCGCAUCCGAAGCCAAGCAGGCCGCCGCCGAGAACUCGGAUCAGGAUCUCAUGUCGUACCGCCAGGGCGAGGACACGGCGAACCAGGGCUUUGAGUACAGCGCAGCCAAGUACUCCAAGGUGCCAGCCCAGGCGGCGCCUUAA